GGUUGAAUGUGACCCCCCCGGGACGGCUCUGCAGUAAUCCUGUGCGUACCUGGUGGAGCCACACAGGCGUGACAGGCGGUUGUGAUCUCGUCUCUGACCCGCCAAACCGACCCGAAUUCUUCACAGUUUUUUUCACUUUAAACGCUGAUCAACAACAUGGCGGACAAGUCGAAACUACGGACAUUGCUGAUCGUCUUCAACGUCAUAUUCUGGAUUAUAGGAGCUCUGUUCCUAUGUGCGGGGCUGACGUUCCGUUUUGAGUACUACCGCAUGAUCCGAGGUUACCCGAUCUCAGAUGAGAUGUACAUCCCGGUGUUCUGUCUCAUGGCGCUGGGAGCUUACCUCAUGAUCAUCACCUUCUGCGGCUGCUGCGGCGCCGCUUCCUCCAACAAGUGCAUGCUCACCACGUUUGCCGUCAUCAACGGAUUCAUGGUGCUGAUUCAGAUCGUGACUGGCAUCCUCAUGCUCGUGUAUGGAGGACAGAUUAACAUUUGGAUUAAGUGGAUCUUUGAGCGUCAGCUGCGACAGCGGACUUCCCUGGAGAGAUUCGAUGAAAGAUACAAGAGUUUCCUCAUCUUCUGGCAAGAACACCUGACUUGCUGUGGUCUGAACAGCAAGGACGACUGGAAGGACCCGCUGGGCAGCGAGGCGCGCGCCACCUGCCUCUGUAUCUUCACCGACACCGCCGUACGGGACAGGGAGUGUCUGCCGCACGACGACAACGGGAACACGGUCUACGUCUACAAGCCAUGUGUUGAUGAGUUUUCAGCCUUCGUCGGACAGUACAUGUACAUCAUUGGAGGGAUCCUGGUGGUAAUCUGCCUCCUGGAGAUAGCGGCUAUUGUGGGCGCCUGUUACCUCCUCAGACGCUGGAGAGAGGAGGAAGGUUACGUCAUGUAGCGGAAGUACGUCAUCCUCUCGUCAAUGGACCUAUAACAUUAUUUUACGUCACAGUUUGUUUACCGCAAUGAAUGCCGGUCAAUCGAUGUUUAUAUUGUACAGGGGUGCGAAGCGCGGUGUGUGCUUGCCUUAAUAUAAGGUCUUUAUACAGUACUACUUUCAUCUACUGUCACAACUAAAUCACCCAUUACGGCAUCAACAACACUAGACGCAGCAAAAAUCAAACAUACCUGACUUUGAAAACUUUGAAAUGAUCUUUAUUCUUGAACUGACCAUUCUAGAAUGUAGUUUAGAACAGGUAAACAAACUGUGGCGUAAUAAUGGUAUAGGUCCAUUUCUCCAGCACGAUGGAAGCAAGGAUUAUGAUAGUCUAAUAAAAAUUCUGUGGCCCACCACGAGUCUUCCUAAAUUUCUAAGGAAACGCCGUGCACGUACAAUGAAGAUGACGAUGAACAGGCCUAUUAUGGUGAAAGAUAAUGACGAUUGACAAUGUCAAAUCAUUCAAAGAUGUAGUCAUUGAAAGUGACCAUUUCUACGCACCGUUUAUUUGCUCAUCAUGACAUAUACAUAUGCAAUAUACAUAUGCAAAUGGCAAGUAAAAUGGAAAGCAUAAGGAAAAUGAAUAUCUUUUUACUAGAAUUAUCAUUAUGAUUUUCACGUCAACGUAUAAUAGACAGGUAACUUUAAAACCUUGUGUAGUUGGUGACGUUUUAUCUUCAAGUGCUUAGAGGUGGAUGUACAGGGCGCUGUGACUUGAUAUGUAGUUGGGUUAGAUGAAUAGUACUAGUUGUAUGCAUAGUUCAAGUAUUAAUAGUUUUGUAUCUUUAAGUAGAGGUAAUCGUGCACAUUGACACCCCAUUCCUUCAUCGGGAAACAAGAAUAUCUAU